GUAGUUUGGAUUAUUUUGAGAUGAACCAAUUCCAUAAUUAGGAUUAUUAAGAUCCAUAAUCACAAAAUAUUUUUGCAAUAUAAAAAAGAAGGGUAAAAUUUUAAGGGUGAAAAUCUAUAUAUUAAUAUUAGGCUCUAUUUAUAGAUAAAAUUAUAAGUAUGUCAUUGUUGCUUUUUUUUUAAAAAAGUUUAAAUACGUUGUAAAUUUUGCCGUUACAAAAAUUAUCAUGGUAAAAAAAAAUAAAAAUAAAAAUAAAAAUAAAAACCCUAGCCGAUGCAUUCUACAUUUAAAUUAGAUUCAAAGAAAUCAAAUUGCUUUUGUCAGUGACACUUGUCAUCUUAUCAUUGGACCAUAGCAAAAUCACAUUUUUUAUGUGCAUAUCAGUUGCUCGGCAUUGACGUGUUCUCUUCCCCAUAAGUAACCUUUGUGUCAAUUUCCAGAAUAAUGAGUUAACUCACAAAGAAGAGAAAGAGAGAGAGAGUAUUGUGAGUUACUAUUAUCCCAUCAUUUCUCAUGGUCUAAGCAAAUCUUAAGGCAUGUUCUUAUUUACUGAACUGAAUUGAACUAAAUUGAAUUGAACUAAACUGAAUCGAAUUGUUUAUGUGAGAAUGAAAUUAGGAAGUGGACUGAACUGAAAUUAAGCUAAAGAAAAUAGACUCUUACGGAGUAGUAUAGUUGUAUGUACUAAGGUUAGUCAUUUCAAAACCUAAAAGUCAUGGGAUCAAAUUCCGCUAAAGAUGCUUUAAGGUGGAGAACUGAGGAUUCCCUUACUCUUCCCCGCACUCCAAAGAACCUAUCUCGCUAACCCAUAUCGAAUUAUCUUGUGAGAUAUUCUAACCCAACAAGACCCCAAUCCUUAUCUUUAAAAAGAAAUAGAAAAAAAAAUACCGAACAAGAUUAUUUUGAAUCGUUUUUUCAAAAAAAAAAAAAAUUAAAAAAAAUAAAAAAUAAAAAAUAAAAAAAAUUGAAUCGAGUUAAUAUUUGACAUUCUUCAUUAGUCUUUUGAUUCCACUCACCAACACUAGCAAUCAUAUUGGAACUUGGAAACACCUGAAUAGACCAAGCAAAAGGGAGCGAAGAGUAACUAACUAAUCAAACUACCAAUUGUCCAAUACCAAAAAACUUCCAAAAUAUAGUUAGAUUUUCCUCCAUUUGUGUCAAAAAUUCGUAGACCAGUCGCCAUAAUUCUCAAGUAUUCCUUACUAAUUGAGCCACUGCCGCAUUUCUUAAGAUUUUGGUUGAAACAUGACUGAUGGAACUUCAUUAAAAGAAGCAAUUGCGGAUUUACAUAUACCCGAAAUUGUGCCUUUUGACCCAACCAAGAAGAAGAAGAAGAAGAAGAAGAAGAAGAAAGUUGCCAUUCAACAUAAUGUGGACAGAGAUGAUUUGUCACGAUUGAAUGAAGGUGGAAUAAAUUUCUUUCUUGGUUUAACAAAGAACAAAGGAUCAGUAGGAACCAGUAAAUUGUUUAACUAUGAUUCUGAUGCUGCAGGAGCCAUGUAUGUAGAUUUUGGUGAGGAUGAGGAAGAAGAUGUGGUUAUUCAACAAUCUGGGUACCCUUUGGAAGGAAAUGAACAUGAUUAUGAGUAUAAAGAGCUGCUACAAAGAGUGUAUAGUUUUCUGCUGGAACAUAAUCCUCAGCUUGCUGAAGAUAAGCGAAGGUCAGUUUUAAGGCCACCGUUAAUUUUCUCAGAAGGCUCCACACAGACAGUCUUCGUCAAUAUCAUGGAUCUGUGUAAAACGAUGCAUAGGCGACCGGAACAACUUGUAAAUUUCCUGUUAAUCAAACUGGGCACUAGUGGAUCAUUAGAUGAGGAGAACAGAUUGAUAAUUAGGGGAAGAUUUGCUCCUAAAAGUUUAGAAGAUUUAUUACAAAGAUAUAUUAAUGAAUAUGUUCUUUGCAAUAUUUGUAGAACUCCAGACACAAUUCUUUCAAAAGAAAACCACAUUUUUCUCCUCCAGUGUGAGCUGUGUGGUUCUGAACGAUCUGUGGCUCCCAUAGGAGCUGGUUAUGGUACUCGCUCAGAGCGUAGGAAAACUGGAACAUGAACUGCAGUGAUUAUUUUCUGCAGUUUGCGGCAGUUACACUUACACAGUAUAUCAUUUUUUCCUGCUCAACUGAAGCUCUGAUUUCAUCCCUUUGAAUACAAUUUAAAUGCACUGGUUUGGAAUUAAGAAAGUGAGCACUUUGGAAGGUUGAAAUACAAGAGCUUGUGACAUUAUCCAGGUCUGCAAGGUUGCAUCAUAUAAAGGCCUCGAGAUGAGCAUCUUAAACAGUUUUCCCUGGCUGUAAUCGAUUCCUCUGGGUUCCGUUUGCAAGAAAAGUUUUUGUUUAAAAGUUUAAAACACUGACUCAAGAAACAAUCCUAGAUUAUCUUGCCAAUUUCAAUGCAGAGCAUCCACUGUGCAUCAUCCUAGUACUAUUUUGCUACUCUUAUUGGUGCUAUUAUUUCUGCUAAUUUAGAGCUGUAUAAUAGAUGUUGCAUUCACCUAAAUCUAGAUACACUCAGGUGCAUAAUAGAUAUUGCAGUUUUGGUGUCA